AUGUGUUCUUGUUCUUCAUUCUUGAUCAAAACACAAACACAAUUCAGUAAGAAGCAUUGCUGCGUUUUCAUCUAAUUCCUGGCAGCUAAUAAUUACUUCCAAGCUCUCCCUUCCUGGCUUAUGGAAUCUCUAAGAUCAAAAUGCAAAACUCUUGCUAAUAGCAUAAACUGUUUCGGAUGCUGCAACAGACAAAGGCCUUUAGUCGUAGAAGUCGAUGAGCCAUCAAAGGGACUCAAAAUCCAAGGCAAAGUUGUGAAUAAAGGAAAUGGUGAUUCAUCAGACGGUCUAUGGAGCACAACUACAUGUGAUAUAGACCACAAUAGCACUGUUUGGUCCCAACCUUCAAACCCGCCAUUUGAUCCCCGGUGCAGCACAAGCAACUCUACCAAAUUUGUAAACCAUGGACUUAUUUUGUGGAACGAAACAAGACAACAAUGGCGUGAAUGCAGAACCAGACAACAACAAUGCCAAGUUCGAGAACCUGCAAUAAGCUGGAACUCGACGUAUGAUAGCUUAUUGAGCACAAACAAGCUUUUUCCUCGACCAAUACCUCUCAAGGACAUGGUGCAUUUCCUUGUUGAUCUUUGGGAGGAAGAAGGCUUGUACAUAAAAACGUAA